AUGUUGGGAUACAAGUCUUUGUUGAGCAUUCUUUGCUCGCUUUCUGUCACUAAUGCGCUGAUUCCAAUCGAAAUCAUUGGAAACCGUUUCAUCAAGCCAGCCGUGGAUGCAAGCGAUGCCGGCGAGGUUUUCUUCGUCACCGGUGUCGACUACCAGCCAGGUGGAUCGUCAGAUUACCAGGAUUCUAACCCUACAGACGUUCUUUCCGACCCAGAAGCCUGCUACAGAGACGCUUACGUCUUGCAGAAUCUCGGCUCAAAAGUCAACGUUAUCAGAGUUUACACCGUGAACCCAGAACUCAACCACGACGAGUGCAUGUCCAUCUUCAACUCUGCGGGCAUAUACGUCAUGAUCGACGUCAACUCGCCGCUCUCGGGCGAGUCGCUCAACAGAUACAACCCAAGCAAUUCGUACACUUACUCUUACAUGGAGAGAGUGUUCAAGAUGGUCGAUGCUUUUAAGAACUACCCUAACCUGCUCGGAUUUUUCAGCGGCAAUGAGGUCAUCAACGAUGCGAAGUCCGCUGGAGUCGAUCCAAAGUAUCUACGUGCCGUUCAGAGAGACAUCAAGCAGUACAUUGAAAACAACGCCAAUAGAACCAUCCCUGUUGGUUACUCUGCCGCUGACGUUCUGGACGACGGACUCAGAGACGCCACUUUGGAGUACAUGCUUUGCUCUAUUGACGGCGACGAGGACGAUCUCUCGAAAUCCGACUUCUUUGGUAUCAACUCAUACGAAUGGUGUUCUGGCGUAUCAGACUGGGCUUCUUCUGGCUACGGCGAGCUUAACAAAACCCUUUCAAAUUCUACCAUCCCAGUGUUUUUCUCUGAAUACGGCUGUAUCACCAAGACACCAAGAACUUUCGACGAGGUGAGCGAGGGUGUUUAUGGCGGAUUGGUCAACACUUUGAGUGGUGGUCUGAUCUAUGAGUAUUCCACAGAAGCUAACGACUAUGGCCUGGUGAAGAUUGCAAGUAACGGCUCUGUCACCAUCAAGCAAGACUUCGACAACCUCAAAUCGCAGCUUGAGAACUCGUCUAUUCCAACAAUCUACUCUGACGAGGUGUCCAAAGCGAGAAUCGUUACCUGUGACAAGGCUUAUUUGGAGUCGCUCUCCUCAGUCUUUGAUGCCGACUUUGACCUGCCUGAUGCCCCAGACGGAGUUGAGGAUAUGAUCCACUUUGGUGCAAACAACUCCAAUGUUGGUAAGAUCGUGGAGAUUGACAUUAGAGCCUCUAAUUACACCAUCUUCGACACCGAUGGCACGGAGAUCACUUCUGCAGUUAUUUCUGUGGCCUCCACAAACACCAUUAAUAGCCAGACCGGCACGUCUGCGUCUGGUAGUGCUCACCAUCCUUCCACAACCUCGUCUUCGUCCUCGUCGUCGGCCGCUUCAGUUGCUCCAACAUCUUCGUCCUCCAAAGCGCAGGGUAACCACAAUGCCCAAUGUGCGGGUCUGCUUUCGGGCCUGACCGUUGCCCUUUUGGCCUUAAUGUAG